AUGCUCCAGCGGCAGCUGGACGUGGACAUCCUGGUGACCGGGCACACCCACCAGUUCAAGGCAUAUAAGCACGAGGGAGGCGUGGUGAUCAACCCUGGCUCAGCCACGGGCGCCUACAGCAGCAUCACAUACGACGUGAACCCGAGCUUUGUGCUGAUGGACAUUGACGGGCUCCGCGUGGUGGUGUACGUCUACGAGCUGAUUGACGGCGAGGUGAAGGUGGACAAGAUCGACUUCAAGAAGACAGCGACGAUGCACGCCUAG